UGCCGUUUUUUUGGGACGAGCAACACGCAGCCGGGAAAUCGCUAGGGAAUGCCGCAGAAAAAGAAUUCAUAAAAUUAUACAUACUACCAGAAAGCGGUUUGCAAAACCAUUCAAAUUUCUGCCUGAAAUUGUUGUUGCUGCUGUUGUACUUUUCCGUUCGGCACGAAUAAGCUGCGACGAGGGCUAAAUUUAGCGACCGGUGUAUUAUUUGUAGGGUGCUCUGUUUGUACGAGUAUAUGGGAUCCCAGUGAACUACGCCCCCCCCCCGCCCACAACAACACCACCACUUUGAGAGGUGCGCACCCCACACUUGCUGCCACCCAAAUUGUGCAUAAUAUAUAUUCGGGAUACAUACCCACAUAAAUAUAUUAAAGAUACGAAAAGUCACCAUCCAUCAAGAAGUGUUUACCGAUAAAGACCAGUACCAGACCCCGCAAGAUGCCCACAUCCAACACGAUUGUGCUGAAAAGCCUCUCCGUACUGCUCGGAUUGUUUUUCAUAUUUGUCGGAACUUUGAAGCUGACGCCAGCCAUCAGCAAGGAUCUCUACAAGGAUUUGCGCACAGAGUACGUCAAGUAUGCAAAAGUAUUUCCACUUACUGCCCUUUUUGGAGUGAAAAUCCCCUCGAAAUGGUAUCGGCGCACAAUUGGCAUUCUGGAGAUCGUUUGCGGGCUGGCCAUGGCGUUGAUUCCCUAUCAUAAAGUCAAGAACGUGGCCAAUGUGACGCUGCUGGUGCUGAUGCUGCUGGGAAUCUAUCAGCACUGGAUGGUCAGUGAUCCGUUCGAGCGCUCUGGACCUGCGCUGGUGUUCACCUUCAUGCUGGGCGGUCGUCUGGUGGUCUGGUAUCAGACAGCCCGCUUGCAGGGUGAAAUGACGGCGGCCACACAAGCACCAGCGAACGGCGUCAAGCAAGAUUAGAGGCUACCAUCGAUUAUAGCCAACAUAGUAUCAUUCACUGAUUCAUUGAACCAAACCAUAUUCAUAGCCACAUCAUAAACACGCUCACACACCUGUAAACAGCUUUGUUUUAGCACAUUAAGUUGGAUUCUAAACCGAUUGGGCGCACAAUAUUCGAGUUAGAAAAUUAAUUCAAAUCAUUCUAGGGAAAUCGAAAUUCGUGUUCAUGUUACACUUUGGUGCCAAAUAAUUAUCAUAUGCAGAAAUAUUACAUAAAUAUAAUAUAGAAUUGAAAACGAUAUUAACUAAUAACUACAUACAUUAUAUGAGUAAUAGUAGAGCUACACUAUAAAGACAAUGAAAAAGACCAGACGAGACGAGACAACACGAGGCGAGGCGACUAGUUGCACAUUCAAGCAUAAAUCAAAUCAAAACAAAAUCCACACACAAACUCCAAACUUCGUCUCAAUUUAGUCGAAAUAUAAUUGAAAUUACGACGCAGUCAUUGGCGGCGCCACAUCCUUUUAGAAACAAUUUUAAUAAAUUUGAACAACUCAUAAUUAAAAUUUAAA